UCUGGCGCUGGCUGACAACAGGUGAAGUAGAGCUUGUUAUCGUGGAGACUCCGGACAUCUUCGCAGGAGUAAAAACGUGUCAAGAGGACAGUAACAGCAUGACAGUCCCUUUGAAACUGGAAGAAGAUGGGCUGUCCCACUGUGCUUUUGUUUUUUAUGAGUGGAAAACUUCAAUCACUUCAGCUUCUCGGUCUUCAUUGGUCCCCAUUGUGUCACAUGAAGCCCCUCAAGGUCUCAUCUGAUUGGUCCUUCAGACCACUGUGAGGACUUGUCAGCCAAUCAGCAUCUGUUUAAGCAGUGUCUCCUCUGCAGCAGAUUCUGCUUCAGUCCAGACUCAGCCCAACAGAUAAAGAGCGGAAAUCACGGUUCACCACAGCUGAAUCAGGGCUUUUGCAGAAGUGAUCACCAUCAUGGAGGUUCCCACGAGGCCCCAGCCCUCUUCCUUCACACUGCCUCUCCCUAAAGCAGCAUCCCGAUAUUCAUCAGGAGCAGCAGAAAAGGUUGCUAAGAAAAGUUCAGGGACUGAAAAGCUCCAGAAAAGAGAUGGAACCACAGAGGAAGAGGACCAAGAUGGAGACGAGAAAUUCAGCUCAGAGCAGGAAACUAUGCAGGAGUCUGUGUUUGUGAAAUCGCCAGCUGAUUUCUCAGAAUGUGAAGAUAUUAAUUCUGCUCAAAUACAUGUAAGACUCUCCUCACAUGAUAGUUUCUCAGAGGAGAACUCGAUAUCAGAGGAGAGGUUGGCAGAGGAAGCACAAGAGGCCCGUAAGAAGUCUGAGGAAGAGGAAGCAGCAGCUAAAGAAAGGGCUGCUCAGAGACAGCAGAUGGCUAUAGAAGAGCUGGUCCAGUCGGAGAGGAAUUACCUUCAAAUGCUGCAAGUCAGCACUGUGACAAUCAGGAGCAACCUGCAGAAACUACAGCCUCCUCCAGCCAACCUGGACAGCAUGUUUCUUUACAUAGAGGAGGUGAUUGACGUGUCGAGUCGUUUCCUCAGCCUUUUGGACCAGAGGCAGGCCCAGUCUGGAGACCCUCAAUUCCUGGAAAUGCUCUGUGGUUCGUUCCUCAGCCUGUCAUCAGACAUUGAAGCAGCCUAUAAGGAAUACUUGACCAACUAUAACCAGGUUACAAUAGUGGAGAACAGCUACAAACAGAAGGAGGCGCUCUGGAAUGAUAUUGUCAAAAUCAUCAAGGCCUCAGCGCCUGAAGUCAACGCCACCUCUCUGAGCUUCUUCUUAGUGAUGCCUGUGCAGCGAAUUGCCCGCUAUCCCCUCCUCCUGCAGACCAUCCAGAAACACACUGAUCCCUCUCACACAGCGUAUGCACUCCUGGAGCAGACUGCUCACACCUCCAUCGCCCUAAACUGUCGCAUCAAUGAGUACAAACGCUUCAGAGAAGUUGCUGACAAAUACAAAAAGACGGAAACCCUGACCAUCAAGGACAAGAUCAACCGUCUCAACACCCACAGCAUCGCAAAAAAGACAGCGAGGCUCAGCCAGCACAUCAAACAUGAGACUGGAAUAGCUGCUAAGCUGGUGGAUGAGGAGUUUGAUGCCAUGGAAGGUUUCUUCUGCGUUCUGGAAAAUGGGAUCCUGACACUUCAUGAAAAUGUGGAGAUGUAUUUGCUUCACUUGCAGGGGUUCUUGGCCUGCAAGACAGAAGAGUUUGAUUUGGAUAUGGAUGGAGAGAAAGCACCCAUUUGCUACAAGGAGAUCUCUACUGCUCUGAGACAAUGGAUCCUUCCUACAUUUGAGAAGAGGAUGAGAACAUUAAUCUACAAGCCCCUGUGUGCACUCCGUGACCUCCUGGUGGGCCCGAGGAACCUGAUCAGGAAGAGGCUCGACAAGCUGCUAGACUACGAAGUGAUAGAAGCCAAAUCUAACCUGAGCUAUGAGGAACAGGCUGUGGCCAACACAUACAGGACAAUCAACACGUUGCUCCUCAAUGAGCUUCCUCGGUUUAACGGCUUGGCUCUGCAGAUGAUCUGGAGCAUGUUGGGGACGUUCAGCUGUUUACAUAAAGACCUGGCUGCAGACAUGGAGCAGCUUUUCCAGAGCUUUGCACAACAGCUCCCUCACAGCUCUCUUCAACCUGGUGAAUUCUGGGAAUGGGCGGAGUCUUCUGUGCUUAAGGGUGCAACGAAACUGCAGAUUUUAUGUCAAACUGUGGAGGUUUCGCUCAACUCGCCAGCCGUCCAGCCUCUCUGCCCAUCCUCUCAACACCGCCUGAAGCAGCUGACCGAUAAACAUGGUUCUGGAAAGAUCUACCAGGUGAUGAGCACUGUGGUGGGAAGCCGGGACCUGGACCUGAACCUGGCUAAGGGCGAGUUGGUGGCCAUCAUAAGCGAGGCCGACACCCGUGGAGACAAACGGAGAUGGCUGGUUGAUGCAGGAGGAAGAAGAGGCUACGUUUCUUCCUCAAAGCUCAUUCGCUAUCACCAGGCAGCAGAGGACCCGCCCCCUUCACCACAUCUCAACAUGCCAUUAGGUGUGACUGGAAUCAGAAGACACUCCUACACCCCAGAGAGCCAGCCACUAGGAGUCAUGAGCCAGCCACGUUUCCAGGUUAUGGCAGCCUAUGAUUUCACUGCAAGGGGAAACCAUGAAGUUUCUGUUCGGGCUGGUGAGCAUGUCCGUGUCCUGGAACGCCAUGACAAGCGAGGAAACCCUGAAUGGAGCCUGGUGGAGGCUAGUGGUGGUCAGAGGGGCUAUGUGCCCUCCAACUACCUCGCUAUCAUGCCUGUGAGGAUGGGGCCACCGGUGGGUUUCUUACCAAACAUCUAGGAGGAAGCAAAGAAGGCAUUUUUACUUUUUUUUUUUUUCCUUUUCAUUGCAGCUGCUUCACAAACAGCAUGUCUCUACAUCCUGACCAUUAACUGUUUCAUUUACAUGGUCAGGUUGUGUUUUUAACCAGAUAUCAGUGCAGUUAACAGCCACUGUGUGUGCUCAUACUAUAUUCUCAUAGCUGGAACAUUCAAAUUAAUUUUCACAUCUUGAAGCUAUUUCCUGUGCAAACCAGUGUAAGUAAACAAUUACAUUUACUGAUAUCUUCAGUUUACUAGUACAGACUUCUUGACCAUGUUUUAGGCCAUUGAGUGAUUAUAACCCUGAUUUUUGUAAAGUCAAAAACAUGUAUCCAAAAUCUCUUGUGGAGCUGAAGACGACCUUAUUUUCAAAUAAUUCUGUUGACAAACAAAAUCUUUUUAUCUAUAUCCACAAGCUGCCAUUCGUUCAAAGCUGCAGGCUCAAGUAGCUGAGAUGUGUGCAAUAGAAGGCAUUGGUACAAAUCUCCUAAUUUAAUCACUUUCCCAUCUGUUUUGGUGGAAAGUCUUUGUUUGACUUUAAUAACUAGCACAUGUGACACACUGGAUAAGAAAUGAAGGAUGUUGCAGUCAGGGAUCUGACUGGUUUCUAGCGUCUUGCUCAUGGACACUAAGGAGCAGUAGAGACUCGCUGUGACUGGAGGUGUAAGGACAAUCUCAAAGUAGCACAGAAAAUCUGUUAUAGUUGUUUCCAGUCUCUGGAGAAUUUCCUGGAUAGUUCAAGGCUCAUCCAAACUGAAUGAAGGAGAAAAGUCUGGAUAUGACCUUGACUCAUUUUUCCAUGAUCCUCAGUGAGAGUAAAGGACAAUUAAGGGGAAAAAGACACACAGGAUAUUCUUGUUAGAGAGCCUGGGUUAUAGUAGGAUAACAUCAACACUGAGACAGAGAGCGUAAAUGAUGUGUGCGUGUGUGUGUGAGAUGUUUGAUAUGAAGCAGCGUUGACAGGUGAUUUUCUGUGUAUAUGUGUGCUGGGUCUCCUCCUCUUCACCUGGAGGCAGGAGCAGCAUUGUAUGGAGACUGACAGGUACACCAUGCUGUCAUCAUCUCAGACUGUGUAAUAUGAUGUUCAUGUAAAAUAUCUCUAAGGCCUCAUAGGAGAGAAAUUCAGCUGGAUCACUGGAGUGGGAAAUGGAGAUAUAAAAAGAGUGAGGAAGACAUUUAUUCUGGUACAACUAUGAUCCCUGACCAAGAGAGAGAGAAAAAAGGAGUUUGUAACAUUGGAGGAUUUUCUUUAAUCUUUUUCAGAGCGGACACAAAAUUAUUUUAUUCAAAAAAAAAAAAAAAAAAAAAAAAACAAUGGGAAAAAAAUGUACUAUUCUGGCUUAGGAAAUGGAAUUAUGAACCAAAGAAAUUACAGUUAUCUCUUUGUUGCAUCUCUUCUGGGUUUUGUUGGGGCAGUUUUAAUUUCCUGAGUCUUGAACCUUCAAUAAUGAACAAAAAUGAUCUUUCAUCACAGGUAACAAGUUAUAUACGGCAGUUGACAGAUCAGCUUUUCAGGAAGGAGCUUUGUCAUCCACCUUUUCUUUUGUUCCAGUUUUUUUUAUGUUCAAUCAAUUUCUUUAAGUUUUCAGUCCAGACAUUUUGAUGUCUGUCUCAGUCGGCAGAUGUUUCCCUUUUACAGCGUUCCCCUUUUGUUUGUACUAGCUGCAAAUUUUAGAUGCAGCCGACAACUCUUUGAAGGACUUUAAUAAUGCUUUCUAUUGUUUCAACUGGCAGCCCUCUUGUUGAGGCCAUGUUUCAUGUCAGUCAGGUGCAGCAGCUCAUUAAGGUCUGCAAACGCUCGCUUUUAUCUGCAGUCUCAUUUGCAUAUUUCGACUUGAUUUAGUUUUUAGAAAUUACAAACUGAUACCUUCCAUCCAUGAUUUUCUUCUGCUUGAUAAAAAAAGACUUUUAUUUAUUUUUGAACAAAGUCAGGAUGUUCAGCUGUCAGCUUGAAUUUAGUUUAGAAUGAAUAGCUUGAAUUUAUUUCUCAUCCUUUAUUUUUCCCUCACUUCCUAUAAGCAGAUUUGAUUUCAGCCUCUGUCUCCUGCUGUGAUGUUCUGUUUGAAUCCUCUCAGCCCUCACUACAAUAAAAUUGGGAUUCAUCAAUCAGGUUCUUUUUAGCUAAUGAGGUCUAAAUCAUAGACAUAAAAUAGUCCAGACAGGACAGAGACGACCUAGUUCUGUUUUCAUAUGCACCUGAUAAUAUUUGUUGCCAUGGAAACGGUUGAGUCAGAGCAGGUCAUGUUACUGAAGCAUUUCUUCAAGUUGAUUGGUCCAUGAAAACGUUUAGUCACAGCGUAACACAGCUUGCUUCCAGGACGCCUCAACCCAGUGUCAAAAUAUUUAAUAUAGUUUGUUUUUAGGUGGAAGAUGGCUCAGAUAUGAUGCGAGAUUUAAACUAUUACAGGUUUAAGGGGUUCAUUCAUCAGUUUAUAUCAAUAACUAUAUUCUAAUGUGAUUUUUGUCAGAUACAGGGCCACAAAUUUGGGCUAAAGCACAAAUUUAAACAUCCAUUGCCUAAAAUGUGUUUAAGAUAUCUAGCUUAAAAUUUGGUUGAUUACUGUAUAACAAGCACUCCUGGGGGUUUGUACAGUUUAGAGGCUACAGCUGAUUUUGAUCUGGCAAAACAAUAAACGAUGUUUUUAAGAACAGAAAUACCAGCUCUUGCAUUUUAUUAAUGGAAAAAAAAACCUUCAUAGAAAUUUCCAUAAAUAUCCAAAUCUGAUGGCUAAAAUAACUCAAAUUUGAUCAAACUGGCCUUUUUGUAAAUAACAAACACUAGUUAUCUUUCACCUAAAAAGUGUACUUUAUAAUAUGUAUUGCAGAAGUUGUUGAUGGUAUAGAAGGAAAAAUUGUUAAGAGCAGAAGUGUGAAAUAUUUUUUGUAACACAUAAAUGUUUCACUUUGAAUAUCACCGCUGUUGGGCGCAAACCUCCUAUCUCCAAAACUGUCAUUUUUCACAAAAUGAAAAAAACUGUAUGGUUUUGUAAUAGUUGGACUAAUGUCAUCAAACUUGAUAUUGUGUUUUACAUCAUAUAUCUUUGGUUAAAUAUUUGUAAAACAACAGACAGACAUAAAGGGUGACCAAUAGUACUGAUUUAUGAAGGAAAACAAAAAUCACAAAUUUUUGAAAUUGGAGGUUUUUUCCCCGACAGCAGCGACAUGAAAAUGAUAUAUUAUGUACUUAAAGUAGUUCAAAUGAAUGUUAAAACCAGCCACAUUAUGUUGCAGUGUUUUGUCCAUAUGUAGCC